UUUCUUGGGUUGCUGAUAGCUGAGUCCUGGUGAUUUAACUGUUUUUCCCAGAGUAGUCUUCUCAUCUAUAGACAGCCUAGAGACGGUGGAGACUGGAUGAGCAGAACAGUGGGGGAGGGAUAAAGGGAGUGGCCGUGUGCCCGUGGUCUGCUGGGAUCCGGAGUCCAGGGUGAUCGAGACCAGGCUGGAGUGAAUUAGCUGAGCAGCCCGAGUCUGCCACCUCAGUGCGGAAUCGAAGCCUGUCUUGCAGAGCACUCCUCCCUCUGUCUGGCUUCCUCUUCCUUCCCUCCGGAGCAGGAGCAGCAGUAGAAGCAGCCGCAGCCGCCGCCGCAAGCAAAGCAGGUUUAACGACUCAGAGGCAAGCGGAGGAGUUGGGAUAUGGGGAGUCAGCGGGGGCGGCGAGGCCUACAGCCCUUGGGAGGGCCUACAAGGGGAGCGGCUCCAGGCAUUUGCUAGCGCGUGAGCCGUAGGGAGCCAGCGCAGGGUUGCACGAGCAGAGGCGGAGGCGGGGCCGGGUGUGGAGCACGCCUGGGUAAGCAGCUGCCUCCGGCCCUGCCUGGCUGCCUCCGACGCGGCCAGUGGCUAUGGAGAAGACGACCACCAGACCUGGAGCGACAGAGCAUCCACGACUCCGGCGGCUCAUGUCCUGGCUGCUGCUGCUUCUCGGGCUGCUGCUGCUGGAGCCAGUGGCUUCCCAGCUACGCUACUCGGUGCCGGAGGAGCAGGCACCAGGUGCGCUGGUGGGUAACGUGGCCAACGCACUGGGACUGGAGCUGCGGCGCUUGGGACCCGGCUGCCUGCGCAUCAACCAUCUGGCCGCGCCCAGUCCGCGGUACCUAGAGCUGGACCUCACAAGUGGAGCACUCUUCGUCAACGAGCGCAUUGACCGGGAGGCGCUGUGUGAGCAACGGCCUCGCUGCCUACUUAGCUUGGAAGUGCUGGCGCACAGCCCCGUGGCGGUGAGUGCAGUUGAGGUGGAGGUACUGGACAUCAACGACAACUCGCCGCGCUUCCCGCGGUCCGACUAUCAGCUUCAGGUGAGCGAAUCGGUGGCACCUGGAGCACGCUUUCAUAUAGAGAGCGCGCAGGACCCCGACGUGGGCGCCAACUCGGUGCAGACCUACGAGCUCAGCACCAACGAGCACUUUGAGCUUGACCUUAAACCCCUGCAGGAGAACAGUAAGGUUUUGGAACUGGUGCUGAGGAAGGGCCUAGACCGUGAGCAGACCGCCUUGCACCACCUGGUACUCACAGCUGUGGACGGGGGCAGCCCAGCCCGCUCGGGCAUAGCACAGAUCUCUGUGCAUGUCCUGGACACUAACGACAACUCUCCUGCCUUCGACCAGUCCACUUACCGUGUCCAGCUGCGGGAGGAUUCACCCCCAGGCACGUUGGUGGUGAAACUGAAUGCCUCAGAUCCGGAUGAGGGAUCCAACGGUCAGCUCAGGUACUCUUUGAGUGGCUACACAUCAGACAGGGAGAGGCAGCUCUUCAGCAUCGAUGCCAACACGGGGGAAGUGCGGGUAAGUGGAGCCCUGGAUUAUGAGGAGGCGUCCUCCUACCAGAUCUACGUGCAGGCUACUGACCGGGGUCCAGUGCCCAUGGCGGGCCACUGCAAGGUGCUGGUGGACAUCGUGGAUGUGAACGACAAUACACCAGAGGUGAUGCUCUCAGACCUGUAUAGUCCCGUGCCUGAGGAUGCUGCACCCAACACCGUUGUGGCCCUUCUCAGUGUCAGUGACCAAGACUCAGGCCCUAACAGGAAAGUGAGCCUGAGCUUGGAAGCCACACUGCCUUUCCGGUUGAAUGGCUUUGGAAACUCCUACACACUGGUUGUGAGUGGCCCAUUGGACCGAGAGCGGGUGGCUGUCUAUAAUAUCACAGUGACAGCCACCGAUGGGGGAAUACCACAUCUCACAUCCCAGCGGACGCUGCAGGUGGAGAUCUCUGACAUCAAUGACAAUGCACCAAGUUUCCUGAAGGACUCCUACUCCAUCUAUAUCCAGGAGAACAAUUUGCCAGGGGUGUUGCUCUGCACUGUACAAGCCACAGACCCAGAUGAGAAGGAAAAUGCAGAGGUGACUUACUCCCUCUUGGAGAGGGAGAUUCAAGGGCUGCCAGUUACCUCCUAUGUCUCCAUUAAUAGUGCUAGUGGCAGCCUGUAUGCUGUCAACUCCUUUGACUAUGAGAAAUUCCGGGAAUUCUAUGUGACUGUGGAGGCCCAGGACAAGGGGAGGCCACCACUGAGCAGCACUGUGACCGCCAAUGUGUAUGUGGUGGACAUGAAUGAUCAUGCUCCUCACAUCCUGUACCCUACCUCAACCAAUUCAUCAGCAGCCAUUGAGAUGGUGCCUCGAACUGCCCCUGCUGGCUAUCUGGUCACCAAAGUCAUAGCCAUGGAUUCAGAUUCUGGGCAAAAUGCUUGGCUUUUUUACCACCUGGCCCAGACCUCUGACCUGGACCUCUUUAAAGUAGAACAGCACACAGGAGAAAUAAGGACUACCAGGAAGAUGGGAGAUGAAACUGGUGCCACUUUCAACCUGACCGUGGUGGUACGAGACAAUGGAGAGCCAUCACUAUCAGCGUCUGUGACCAUCACAGUAGCUGUGGUGGAUAGGGUUUCCAGAAUCAUCCCUGACACCCAGAGGCAUGUUAAGAGCCUUCGAACCUACUCAGAACUUACACUUUAUCUUAUAAUAGCAUUAAGCACAGUGUCUUUUAUAUUUCUUUUGACAAUCAUUGUUUUGAGCAUCAUCAAGUGCUACCGCUACACUGCAUAUGGCACUACAUGCUGUGGAGGUUUCUGUGGCGUAAGGGAGCAGUGUCCUGCAGAGCUGUACAAACAGGCCAACAACAAUAUUGAUGCCAGAAUACCACAUGGCCUCAAAGUGCAGCCACACUUCAUUGAAGUGCGAGGGAAUGGCUCCCUCACCAAGACCUACUGCUACAAGGCUUGUCUGACAGCAGGCUCAGGGAGUGAUACUUUCAUGUUUUACAACACAGGGGCCCAGACAGGGCCAGGCCCUGGGGGGGCCCAAGCAGCAGUGACUGACAGCAGGCAUCUCACAGGUCAAAGUGGGCAGAGUUCCGGGAACCUGAUUAUUCUAAAAAAUGAGGCUGUUUCUCAGAAUGAGCCCCGACAGCCCAACCCUGAUUGGCGUUAUUCUGCCUCCCUGAGAGCAGGAAUGCACAGUUCUGUGCAUCUGGAGGAGGCUGGUGUUCUACGGGCUGGUCCAGGAGGGCCUGAUCAACAGUGGCCAACAGUAUCCAGUGCAACACCAGAACCAGAGGCAGGAGAGGUGUCCCCUCCAGUGGGGGCUGGUGUCAACAGCAACAGUUGGACCUUUAAAUACGGACCCGGCAACCCCAAGCAAUCUGGCCCCGGUGAGUUGCCAGACAAAUUCAUUAUCCCAGGAUCUCCUGCAAUCAUCUCCAUCCGGCAGGAGCCUACUAACAGCCAAAUUGACAAAAGUGACUUCAUAACCUUCGGCAAAAAAGAGGAGACCAAGAAAAAGAAGAAAAAGAAGAAGGGUAGCAAGAUCCAGGAGAAAAAAGAGAAAGGGAACAGCACGACUGACAACAGUGACCAGUGAGGUCAUCUAAUGGAAACAAGCCACUUAGCCAAUUUUUGUAACAAUGGCAAAUCUCCCAUGUAGCAAAUCCCUCUUCCUUUCUCCUGACCACAUGAGCCCUCUCUUAUAGACCUCAGAAAUCUGCUGAAAGUUCUCUAUGUCUGUCUAGAUCGCAUUUAACAGAUUUUGUCUUGAAAGCUUUACUAAGUCUGGUGUUAACUCUUUUCUCUCCACUCUGGCUUGUUUUCAGAACCUAAAAAGCAGACCCAAGUUUCCUUUCUCCUCCGCCGCAAAGGAGUGGCUUCCCAGCCCUGCCAGUGAGAGGUUGGACUCUCUGCCCUGUGCUCCGGGGAUCCUGUCUUGAUGACACUUGCAGGGCAGGCUGAAAGAUUUUGAGAUUGAGCAGCUUGGGUGUUUGUGGCCACUGGGUAUGUGUGGCCAACCAGGGUUAAGAGUGCCAGGUAUCCAUCAACUGGGAUGGGUCAGAUGUGACUACUUGGUGCAAGAAGGGCUGGGAAACAAAGGCAAAUAAUCAGUGGGAAUUACAGCCUGAAGGGGAAUUGUGAAAUUAAAGGGGACCAGACUUCCUAAAUCUUAAAAUUUAAACGGUGGUGGCCACCAUCUAGCAGACAAAACUUCCCCCACUGACAAGGCUUUAGGAGUACUUAAAGUCUGUUGGCUGUGUGUCAUCCUGAAUCCUGUGUUAUAUCUACAAGCCAAUAUUUCAGUGUUUAACAGGGGACCACUCGGGAACAGAAGCAGAUCUGAUGAGUUUCCUGUAUAUGUCCUUGUGCUCACUUUAUUAAAAAUUCUUUUGCACACAAUGUUUAUGAAAAGGUUAGAUCCUUUUCCAAUAACACAUAUGCAAAAGCAAAAGAAAAAAGAAAACCCCAACACCUCACUUUAUGCUGUUUGUUCUUUGAUAGAUUUAUUUUAAAAGAGAAAAUCUAUAGCUAUAAAUCUUUAAAGAGAAAUAUGAUGAAUACAAUUCCCCUAAAUUCCCCUUAAAAAGAGAAUUCAGUCUACAGCCAUUUAAGUGAUCAUUGCUGCUACAGAAGUGCUUUAAGAGAAUUGCCUGAAACAUCUGUAUUAUACUGGCCACCUGCCAAUCACAGCUUUACUCUUUCAGGUCACUCUGGGGCUGCCUCUUGCAUGUAUUAAUUACUAAAUAAAAGGAUCUCUCUCUCUCUUUUCUAAGAAACAAUUAUGUGCACUUUGAAUACACAACCUUCUCCAACCAACUCUUUCAAGACCCAGAAAUUGAAGAAAAAUAAUGUUUUCUCAUACAUACAGUGAGCAGAUUUUUCAGUCCUCUAAGUCUGUGACUUGUCUUGGUAUACUAGCCUACACUUUCUCUUUGGUUUAGUUUUCCUUUUCUCUAACACUCUGAAUUGCUAAUCAUACUAACACCUAUGAUGUUACCUGAACUCAAUCUCCCAUAUGUAUGCUGUAUGCUAUUAUAAGACUCCUGAAAUAUACUUACUCUGUGCUUGUGUAUGUGAAUGUUAAUGCAACUAUUACCUAGAGUGAACUUUAAGCUUUAUUAUUGAAUGUAAUUCCAUUAUAUUUCUUUUUUGUACACCUGUGAAAAAGUGAAGUUGUGUUUUUUAACCAUUGUUAAUCAGCUUUUGUGUAUGAAAGACAUAGUAAAAUUUCUUUCUUAAAUCAAGAUACUGGUGAUUCAAGGAAUUUUAUUUAUGGUCAGCCAAGAGCCAUCUCUUGCCAAGACUCCUGCUGACAAUGGAAUAGAUAAAGCUGUUUUCUUCUAGUAACAAUUCUGGAAUGAAUAUGGAAGAUAUCCUCUGAGGGUGUGCAAGCACAAAACUUACCAAUCUGACCUCUUUGAAGUCACAGAAUGCUUUGAAAUUGAUAUCUAGAAUAUCAGUUCAUAGAGAACAAUAAAAUUUUCUGUCACCUUAAAUAAGAAAUUUCAAUUUUGUUAAAAUGUAAAAUUUAGAAGUUUGAUUCAUUAUAUUAUCUAUUUAAAAGUUAGUAUAAAAGAUGUAGGAGUUUGUUACAAAAAAAAAAGCAUUAAAUAGCAAAAAAAACAAAUCUGUUCUGUCUACUUUUAGCUUCAUUCUCCCAUAUUAUGAAGGGUGUGUAACUUCAGCUCUGCAGGAUCGUAUGGGGUAAAACUUAUUGCCAACACAUGUGAACCAUUGCUACAUUGUAGGCUGUGAUCAUUUUACCCCACUGAAGCCCAUGUAUCUGACCUUACGUGCCUUUUGAAUACUAGGAGAAUCGGGCUAAUUUAUUAAUGAUGAUAAUUAUAAUGUAUCUGUACAGCACUCUUUACUUUUGCAAAGUGCUUUCCAGUCCAUGUUAGUUACUAGUUAUUACAGCUGUAAGGAUAAAACACGUCAUGUGAAUUCAUUUUUAAUUGGUGCUAUUGGUAUUUCCUCUGUUAUUGCUAAUAAAUGGAAAAUGGUGGUA